AUGAACUGCGGCGAAUCGCCUGACCACUGGCAAUACCUUGUCGAGGUUCUGGAAGUCCCUGGGAGCCGAGGAGAAGCAAAUUUGGUAGAAAAAUGCAAACUUUGCAACCGGGUCAACACUGUCAUAGCUGCAUCACUUCUGUAUCCAAAAGACCCCAUUGGAAUUUUAGAAGCAGUAAAACUUUUGAGUGGUAUUCCGUUUUCUUUAGCUAUCAUACCCGAUUCUAUUGGAUCAUAUGAUGCUGAGGAGCAUAAUGAAGAAUGGCAAUCCAUGCUACAGUUUGACUGCCGAGGCUUGGAACCGUUUGACUUUGAACCUCGAAACGGAUGGACAGCAGUAGGCAUCGAGUCGGGCACCGUUUUUGAUGAUAUCGAUCUUUCUGAAAAGGUAAUUUGUGCUUUUAUUUCUUGCACAUUUUUCUUAUGUUUGGUUUAAAA